AUGCAGUCAAGAAUCCUCGCGUUUUCGACUGCCUUCAAGGGCUCGCCACCAUGGGUGCAGAGCAUGCAACAGGCGCCGAAGCUGCGUAUAGCGCAGUUCAUCUGCAGAAGCUGUCAGCGUAAAUUUUCCACAUCGCCAGCACUACGCGCAGCAGCCAAGAACACCGAGAGGGACCGGAUGUACAAGUCGCGACUGUUGAUCUACGAUGCUGGUGAUACACGCACCACCUGGGUGUCAUUCUGGAAGGCUAUGGCACUACUGCAGUUCGGAACAACACUGGUCUUUGCAGUGCCACCGCUGUGGAACAACGAGAAUCAACCUGAUCCUAAUCUGAGGAAGGCACAGGCCAUCUUGGUCGGUGUCCUCGGAACGAUACCUACUCUGACAAUGGCCUACGUGACCGCACCCUUCGCGCACCAAGUCUUCCUCCAGAUCCCCGAACACGCACGCCGCAGCCGCCAAAACCUCAUGAACUUCGCACGCUCGCUCAACAACCCCGCCAGCACCAGCACCACCGCCAACACGAAACUUGAGUUUGUAACCCUCCGCAUCUUUCCUUUCCGCAAGAACACCACAGCCUUUCUGCACGAACUGCGCGCUCUACCACCCAUGAAGUUCCGCCUCGCCAACCUCGAGAUUCCCAAAACCGAUGAGUGGGCGAAGCGACAGAGGGAGAAGGGUCUUUGGAUGCGCAUGCUGGAGGUCAUUGCUGAACCCAGAUAUAAGUUCUUUGUCAAGGAGGGGAAGAUGUUCACCGCGAAGACGGGCGUACCAGGCGUGUGGGAGGAAGUUGCAAUGAGAAUCAAGAGCCAGACCAACAAGCAAGUGAAGGACGAGAAAGCAGAGAUGGCUGCUGCUGCCCCACGGGGAACAAUCAGGAGACCGGUUGUGAAGGGACCCGUCGUGUUGAGAAGACCACCGAAGGUGGUCGAGGAAGCGAGAAUCAAGAGGCAGACGGCAAGGUCGUCGAGAUGA